AUUUUCCAGUGCGUUUGCUUGCAUUGUCUAGAGAUUUUGUCUAAAGUUUUGCUCCAGCUCUCUCUCGAUCGAUCAUGUCGUACCAGCAGGGAUAUGGAUCCUAUGAGCAGCACGCGCACGGGCAUCCGCCAGUCCAGGGCCAGGUUGUUCGCGUCUUUUGCAAGGCUCGCCCCGAUUUCUAUCUCACCGCCACCGACGAUGGCGUCGUCCUCUCCCAGGGCAAUGUCCAGGACCCGCGCCAGCAAUGGAUCAAGGACGAUUCCUGGGGCGAGCGCCUGACCGAUUCGUCGGGAUCCAAGGCCUUCGCGCUCAUCAACAAGGCCACUGGUCAAGCGCUUCGUCAUGGCAAUUCCGAGAACGAGCAGGUGGUUCUAUCCGCUUACUCCAAGAACGAGAUGGACGAUGAUCUCCUGUGGAGCGCCAGCGAUGAUCUCGGCCAUGGCUUUCACACCAUGAGGACUUACAACAACAUCGAUCUCAACCUCGAUGCCGAUCACGGUGAUAAAAAGCACGGCGGGAUCAAGGAAGGGAACAAGCUCAUCCUCUUCAAGUGGCAGAAAACUCACGACAACCAGUAUUGGAAGAUUGUCCCAGUUUGAGGGAUUGGAUCGGCCUCUAUCUUGUGUUAGUCUGUGUGUUCAUGUUCUUCCAAGAACUUACAUUGUAACUACGUAAAAAGUUAAAAAAAAAGAUGCUUCUGUUGUGUUUGUAAA